AUGGCCCCGCAAUUCGCGCUCCUUCUCGUUCUCCUCUCCCUCCUCCCCCUCGUGCUCCCGCAUCCCGUCCGCCUCCCCACCGCACCUUGCGCCGCGCGAGUCGCCACGCGGACCCUCGAGGGGCGCGGGGCGCACCGCGUGCUGCGCACGUCGCUCCACGUGGCAUGCCGCGCCGAUGUGUUCCGUCCACGUCAUCCAGGCGGUGCGCACGUGGCGUGCGGAGAAGCGCCCGUUACGAGAAUGGGGAGUCGCGGUUACAAUGGGAAUGAGGGGGAAACGGAAGGAGGGAGAACCGACGGCGGAGAGAAGGAGCGGCCGACAGAUGGGUGCAGAGCGGUUCCAGAGCUCAGUAGCUGCACUGCUGCUAGUGAAAGCGUGGGAAGCGGUGGGGCGGCAGGGAGGACACGUGUCACAAUACUAUUGGAGCAGCCCGUGCCACGUGGGCUGUAUGCCGAUCCGUUUGAGCUGGAGCGAAUCCUGCGACCAGGGGGGAAGCAGAGGGAGAGCGGAAGUGGGGAGAUGCGCAGUGAAGGCGGGGGAGUGUGCAGUGAUGGGGGAAGGGGCGCAUUGAGGAGGGGACAGCCAGAGGGCGACCGAGCCUGGGUGGUAGGUCCGGUGGAGCUGGAGCAGCCGGCGCCGCGGUGUGAAGCAACAGUGGCUCUCAUGGAAAGGGACGUGCCAGUGGGAGAGGGGGAGGAGGAAGGCGCAGGGGGGAAAGUGAGAAAGGGGGAAGGGGACGUGCACGCGGGGGAGAGGAAGGGGGAGAAGGGGGGCGUGCGUGAGGGGGAAGAUGAGGUUACUUUCUCAGUGGAGUUCAGCCUGCCUCUGCACUCUCGUUACCCGGUAACCAUGCUAUCUUAA